CAUUUUGACUCAGGUGGUACCAGUGAACUGUCAUCGAUUAUCUGAACGCCGAACGAACGAGACGGUCCGUGAGAGUGCUGGACGUGAACCAAACGUCAAAAAAGAAUCAGAAAUAAAUUUGUGAUCAAAAAUGCUGUCGAGAGCUGCCCUCCUUUCUGUUCAAAGGCCAAUUGGAGCCCUUGCCGCCCGCUCGGCCGCUUCCUCUGCCUCUGGAUCCGAUUCACAGUUCCCCCGGCCAGUUCGUCCCGAGUUCCCAGGCAAGGUUCGAAUGGGUUUCAUUCCAGACGAAUGGUUCCAGUUCUUCUACAAGAAGACCGGUGUCACUGGACCAUACGCCUUCGGUGCUGGUCUCAUCACCUAUUUGUGCUCCAAGGAAAUCUACGUCAUGGAGCACGAGUACUAUUCCGGCUUGUCACUGGCCAUCAUGGCAAUCGUAGCCGUAAAGAAACUAGGUCCAGCCGUCGCCGCCUAUUGCGACAGGGAAAUUGACAGAAUCGAAGGCGAAUGGAAGGAAGGUCGCGAGAAUCAAUUGAAGAGUCUCAUGGACUCCAUCGAAGCCGAAAAGAAGGAACAAUGGCGUGCGGAAGGCUCACUUAUGCUCAUCGAAGCCAAGAAGGAAAACGUCGCCCUCCAGUUGGAAGCUGCAUUCAGGGAGCGCGCUAUGCAGGUUUACCGCGAAGUUAAACGCCGCUUGGACUACCAAGUCGAAUGCCAGCACAUUGACCGCCGUGUCAACCAGAAGCAUAUGGUCAACUGGAUCGUGAGCAAUGUCUUGAAAUCAAUCACUCCCCAACAAGAAAAGGAAACACUGAGCAAAUGCAUCGCCGAUCUGAGUGCACUCGCAGCUCGCGCUAAGUAAAUUCCAUCUCACGUGCCGUCGGUGUUAUUGGUCUUGAAAGAGAUGAUGGGUUUUAGCG